AUAUAGAAUGGGUUGGGAAUUAUGCCUAGAUCCCGUAUAAAUGGAAAUUUCAUUGAUAAGACCUCCUCGAUUGUAGCCAAUAUUUUAUUGCAAAUAAUUCCGACAACCUCCGGGGAAAAAAGGGCAUUUACUUAUUAUAGAGAUGGGAUGUUGGCUCAAUCCGAAGGAAAUUAUGCGGAAGCUUUGCAGAAUUAUUAUGAAGCUACGCGACUAGAAAUUGAUCCCUAUGAUCGAAGUUAUAUACUAUAUAACAUAGGCCUUAUACACACAAGCAAUGGAGAGCAUACAAAGGCUUUGGAAUAUUAUUUCCGGGCGCUAGAACGAAACCCCUUCUUACCGCAAGCUUUUAAUAAUAUGGCCGUGAUCUGUCAUUACCGAGGAGAACAGGCCAUUCUACAGGGCGAUUCGGAAAUUGCGGAAGCUUGGUUUGAUCAAGCUGCUGAGUAUUGGAAACAAGCUAUAGCGCUUACUCCAGGAAAUUAUAUUGAAGCACAGAACUGGUUAAAGAUUACGAAGCGCUUUGAAUUUGAAUAAGACCACUCUCCAUUUUCAUAAAAAGGGUGGUUUGGUUGAAAAUCAAAUCAAGAAUUUCAUUAUAUCCCUUUCUUCUACCUUCAAUUUUAUAUCAUAUUUCAUAAGGAUAAACAAUAGGGAUAGGCUCUGGAACAGAAGUAAUAAAGUACAUAAAAAUCGGCAAUCUAAAUAUUCCUACCUAAUAUAUCAGGACGGUCUUAUUAAUAAUUCUAAUGAGUUAUCUUGGAAUUUUGAAUCGAAUCAAAAAAUCUAUAUUAUGCUCACUCAAGGAAAGUAGAUGUAGAUAGGGGCUUAUACCCUCAGAAAAAAAAUACACCAGCUUCUUAAAUUAAAACGUAAAAAAAGAUUUUUUUGUUAUGUCGGGAAAUAAUUUUCCAGAAUAACCAAUGUCCGUUAGGCACCUAAUCCUUAUGUCAUAAUAGAUCCGAACACUUGCCUCGGAUUGACUUCAAUAUAUAAUUGCUCCAGUGAAUAACUAAAAAAAAAAAAUAGAAGGACGGUAGAUAGUAAAGAAAAGGACUAAUCAUAAUAUCUAUCUUUAAAAGAUUCAAUAAAAAGACAGUUGGCGGGUCUCUUUGUAUGUCUUGUCCGGAAAGAGGAGGACUUAAUGAUUAUUCGUUCGUCGGAACCAGAAGUUAAAAUUGCUGUGGAUAGGGAUCCUAUAAAAACAUCUUUUGAGGAAUGGGCCAGACCCGGGCAUUUCUCAAGAACAAUAGCUAAGGGCCCCGAUACUACCACUUGGAUCUGGAACCUACAUGCUGAUGCUCACGAUUUCGAUAGUCAUACCGGUGAUUUGGAGGAGAUCUCCCGAAAAGUCUUUAGUGCUCAUUUCGGCCAACUCUCCAUUAUCUUUCUUUGGUUGAGUGGCAUGUACUUCCACGGUGCCCGUUUUUCCAAUUAUGAAGCAUGGCUAAGCGAUCCUACUCACAUUGGACCCAGUGCUCAGGUAGUUUGGCCAAUAGUAGGACAAGAAAUUUUGAAUGGUGAUGUAGGCGGGGGUUUCCGAGGAAUCCAAAUAACCUCUGGUUUUUUUCAGAUUUGGCGAGCAUCCGGAAUAACUAGUGAAUUACAACUCUAUUGUACCGCAAUUGGUGCAUUGAUUUUUGCAUCGUUAAUGCUUUUUGCCGGUUGGUUCCAUUAUCACAAAGCCGCUCCCAAAUUGGCCUGGUUCCAAGAUGUAGAAUCCAUGUUGAAUCACCACUUAGCGGGAUUAUUAGGACUUGGGUCUCUUUCUUGGGCGGGACACCAAAUCCAUGUAUCUUUACCGAUUAACCAAUUUCUCGACGCUGGGGUUGA